CGGGGAACCAGAGUAAAGCAAAGCAGAGGCGCUCGUCGUCCCGAUUCGCCACACAAACAAGUCGCAUUGCCAGCCGCUCAAGCCAAGCUAACCCCUCCAUGAUCUCCCCGGGAACCAGAUCACAGCCCGCCUAAUCUAAUCAGAGAGAGAGAGGGAGAGGGAGAGCAUCUCCCGUCCCCCGUCGCCUGACGAGAUCUCAGGACAGGAGCGCCAGCCCGCCCAUGCGCAUACCAGCCGGAGCGGAUGAGCGGCGGCAGCAUGGCCAUGGGCGCGAGGAGCAAGCACCAUCCCAAAUCUUUGGCCCUGCGCUGCUACUGCUACGCGGCGAGCCACCGCUCCCUGACCCUGCUGGUGUGGGGCCUGGCGGCGCUGGUGGUCCUCCUGAACUUCCACCUGCUCGUCACCCACGGCAAGGAUGAGCAGACCGGCAGGGCGAGCGAGAUCCACCGGACGGUCCUCAGGGAGCUGGAGGUGGUGGAGGAGGAGAGGUUCCAGGUGACGCCCGCCCGGAGCCGGAGGAACCCGCGGGCCGUGCGGCGCAAGGGGGAGCACACCAAGCCGCUGUCCGUGGUGGACGAGUUCCUGGACGAGUCCUCGGCGGUGCACGACAUGUUCUUCCCGGAGCCGAGGACGGCCAUCGACCCGCUCCAUGGCGGCAACGACAGCAUGUACUUCUACCACCCCGGCAGGGUGUGGCUCGACACCGACGGCAAGCCGAUUCAGGCUCACGGAGGCGGCGUGCUGUACGACGAGAGGACCGAGACCUACUUCUGGUACGGAGAGAACAAGGAUGGCAAGACCUACAAGGCUCACAGCAAGGGUGCUGAUCGAGUUGACAUUGUUGGAGUGAGUUGCUAUUCUUCAAAGGACCUGUGGGCAUGGAAAAAUGAAGGAGUUGUGCUCCGUGGUGAGAAAAAGAAUGUGACACAUGACCUCCACGUAUCCAAUGUCCUGGAGAGGCCGAAGGUGAUCUACAACGAUCGGACCGGCAAAUACGUGAUGUGGAUGCACAUAGAUGAUGCUAACUACACCAAGGCCUCGGUUGGGGUGGCUGUCAGCGACACUCCCACAGGCCCAUUCUCGUACCUCUACAGCAAGCGCCCGCAUGACUGCGAAAGCAGAGACAUGACUAUUUUCAAGGAUGACAAUGGGAAGGCCUACCUGAUAUACUCAUCCGAGGACAACAGCGAGCUCCACAUCGGCCAGCUAACCGACGACUACCUUGACGUGACCGAUGACAUGAGGAGGUUUCUCAUUGCGCAACAUAGAGAAGCUCCGUCGCUCUUCAAGUUCGACGGCACCUACUACAUGAUAACCUCAGGGUGCACGGGCUGGGCACCAAACACCGCGUUGGCUCACGCCGCGACGUCGGUCAUGGGACCUUGGGAGACGCUGGGCAAUCCCUGCGUGGGAGGGAACGACAUAUUCCGGUCGACGACAUUCUUCUCCCAGAGCACAUUCGUGCUGCCACUUCCAGGCCUGAGAGGUUCAUUCAUCUUCAUGGCUGACCGGUGGAACCCUUCGGAGCUGAGGGACUCGCGGUACGUGUGGCUGCCGUUGACAAUAGGUGGUGUGCCGGAUGAGGCCGCAGACUACAGCUUCAUGUUCCCGCUCUGGUCUCGGGUGUCGAUUUACUGGCACCGGCGAUGGCGGCUCCCUGAGGGGUGGACAGAUUCUUGAAAAUUUGAAAGUCGAAGUUACUAUACGUUUGUUACACAUGAUAGAUACGGGUUUAUUGACAUUCAACACGCAUUGGAGGGGGUGUGUUGUAUAGGACAGAUGUAGAUGCUAGCAGAGUUGUAAAUGUGCAGUUUUGAGUUUGUUCUCAAGUCACACAAAUAUACCUGUGUCCCCUGUGUGAAUAAUGUGGCUGCACCUUCAGUCUUUUCCU